CGCUGCGUUCCUCUAAUGCUAUGCGGUCCCUGGUGAUGGCCCGAGCGCGGCUGAGGACAGCCCUGUGCGCCAGGCUUCAUCAUCAUUCAAGAUCAUGCCGUUCGUUUUCGUUCAGCACUGCAGCGGCAGCAGACGGCGCAACAGAGCCACCCGAAGCAUUGGCCUUUAGCCCUCUGGUCGUCGGGACCAUCCGACUCGCACAGUCCGUCGACAACGACGUGGAAACCAAGCCCAUCCCGCCCUCCCCCAUCCCUCGCCCCUGGCCUGCAUCCGCUGAUCCAUCACAGAUAGACGAGGCCGCCUCUCAGCUUACCGGUCGCCUCAAUGCCAGGGAGGACUGGUGGCGGCAGUGUGAGAGGGUGUGCGACGCAGCCAGGCGGGGCGAGCUGCCGAGUGCCGACGUCCUGAAGGUGCUGCAUGCCUUUAUGGAUCUGGACGGGCAGGAGGCCCGCGAGGAGGAGGGAAGGACCACCGCACACAAGCCUUAUCUGAGGAAGCAAACCACCAAGGUCGACGAGCGGCACGUAGAAUGCCUUUACCGCAGCCUCCUGCUGACGGAAAAAGUUGCUCCAUUGGGUGAGAAAGAGGAUGGAGAGGGCCCGCAAGGGGCACAGAAGGCCGACAAACCAGCCACCGCUGCCCUCGAUGCGGAUGACAUCCUGUUCCUGCUCAAGGGUCUGCGGGAGCUCCACUUCACCAGACGAGCGAGAGGGGAGUUCUUCCCCGCCAUCGUGACGGCCAUGCGUCCCCUCCUGGCCCAGUACUCAACCGUCGACCUCAUUGAGGUCCUCGACCACCUGGCAGCGCUCUCCAUCCGCGGCCUUGAGGAGCGGCAGGUCUUCCUGACCGUGCCGCAGCUACUGUCUAAGCGGCUAGACAAUACCGGCGAGUUCGGUGCGCCGAAGCCGUACGAGCUGAUCCGGGUGUUCAAGGCCUACUCGAAGGCCAGGGUGUCGACGGAGCUGCUUAGGGUGCUCUAUGACUACGUUUCCCGGGACCUGGGGGAGAGGGAGGGUGAUGGUGGCGAGUCUGGUGGUGGUGGUCUGCUUACGCCCGCUCUGGCGAUUCACCUGCUGGCGACGAUGCUGGGGACCCGGCUGUACACGGUGCAGGCGAUCGAGAAGCUGCUGCUGGUGGCCAGACGGACACACCUGGGCCUGUGGGCGUCCGACUCUGUGGAGCUGCGGUCGUUGAAGUGGAUCGAGGUCUCCCUUCGACUCGACUACGCCCAGACCUACGCGGGCCUCUCGAAGGAGGCGCUGGAGUACCUGUCGCUGGUACGGGACCUCAAGUACACGGACAGGUCGCUGCAGCACCACACCAUCCUCUCCUACCAGCUGGCACACUUCCUGGCCAAGCACAGCUUUCCUUGCAAGAGGGAGAUGGUGGGCCCCUACGCACUCAAGGUGUGCGACCGGGACGAGAGGGUGGCCUUCGAGCCCAUAGAGAAGGUCCACGUCUUCCCUGACAGCAAAGGCAAGCUGCGGCAUUUCACAGAGACGAAGCUGCGGCAUCUCGAGGCGAUGGGGUGGAAGGUGUACACGGUCGCAUUCCAUGAGUGGGGGCGGCUGAGGGAUUACCAGGACAAGGCCGACUUCGUUCGCCGCUUGCUGCGCGAGAAUGGGCUGCUUGGGUUCCCUGUCGAGCCGAGACACGGUGGCACCACGGUGUGACUUGACUUGAUGUGAUUGAUUGCGUGUUGACUGAUAUGUUGGGGUGUGUGUGUGUGUGUGUGUG